CCGCUGGUGUCAGUCACUUCGACCAACUUGUUCGACGACUUGCCGUCACGCAAUCGGAUUCUUUUAUCUCUUUUCUCUUUUCUCUGGAUCCAAACCCCUUCCUACGACUUAUUCGGGGUGAAAGAGUCGCCUUCAACAUCGUCAUCCACCGACCUAGAGACUUCAUCGCUCCCGUUCAUUCACCCAUUACCCCACUAUCGUCAUCGUAGAGACGUCAUUGAAACAUCAGGAUGCAGGCAAUUAAAUGUGUCGUCGUUGGUGAUGGUGCCGUCGGAAAGACAUGUCUUCUCAUCUCAUAUACCACCAACGCUUUCCCAGGAGAAUACAUUCCGACAGUGUUCGAUAAUUACUCAGCUAAUGUCAUGGUGGACGGCAAGACUAUUUCUCUUGGUCUUUGGGAUACCGCCGGACAAGAAGAUUACGAUCGCCUCCGACCACUUUCAUACCCGCAGACAGACGUCUUCCUCAUCUGCUUCUCUCUAGUUAGUCCUCCUAGUUUCGAGAACGUGAAAACCAAGUGGUACCCGGAAAUCUCUCAUCAUGCACCACAAACUUCUGUGGUUCUCGUCGGAACCAAACUUGAUUUGCGUGAGGAUCAGGCGACGAUCGAGAAACUGAGAGACCGUCGUAUGGCUCCCAUUCAGUACACUCAGGGUGUUGGCAUGGCGAAGGAGAUCGGUGCCGUGAAGUACCUAGAAUGCUCUGCCCUGACGCAGAAAGGCCUUAAGAAUGUCUUCGAUGAAGCGAUUCGGGCAGUCCUGAACCCUCCUGUUCGAGAGAAGAAGAGUAGCAAGAACAGCAAGUGCAUUGUGGCAUAAAUUGAUCCCGGUUGCUGCCGCGUUCUUCCCCCCAAUACGCAGUAUCGAGCCGCGACAUAUCAUACCAUCUAUUCUCGUGCUGACCUUUACGACCCCCACGUCUUCUUUCAACGACCUCCUCGCUAGUCACCCCUUGACAUGUCAAUCAUACGGAUAUUGAAGAUAUUUCUUUGUUUCCUCUCAGUGGUACCGGUUUUCCUGAUUUUACAUACACCUCUUUUUCGUGUCAUCGAGUCUAUUUGAUCGCGUCCACAACUAUAUCCAAAGCUUUCACUUGCACAAGUGAUAGCUGUUGUCUGUUC